CAUGACUCGGUACUCCUUUACAUACUUUCUUUUUUAAGCACACAGGAGGCAGUUUAUACUAGUGUAUUGUUGACAAGAUGGAAAUCCCUUUGGACUUCUCUGUCGACACUCAUGUUUCACAACCGUUGCUCUCUUCCCAGUAGUCAGCCAUUUGUUGAGAGGAUCACUAGAACACUAGAGAAUUACAGGGCUGGUUAUAUGAAAAAGUUCGCUGUUGAUUUCAUGUACAAUAAAUGCUAUGCUAGCCAAGUUGAUAACUGGAUUUUGUUGGCUAUACGAAAUAAGGUGGAAGAUCUUGAUUUACGGUUGCAUUUGUGCUCACCAAUCAGACCCUACAAAUUGCCUCAUCAUGUAUAUCAAGCCCCAUCAAUAACAAAUUUAAGCCUACAGAAUUGCAUUUUGGGGUUAAACGGAGCUGUUGCAUGGAAAUCACUCAAGAGUUUAUCUAUCUCGACAGUGGACUUAACCGAGGACGCCAUUGAAAUGAUUUUAUCUGGUAGUCCUGCUCUAGAGUUCUUGAAAAUAAAUGCAUGCCGUCAGAUGAAGAAUUUAAAUAUCAACUUUGCAGGCGUAAAAACAUUGGUGAUACAAAAUUGUAACGCUGAAUUUUCUGAUUUGCUGUUGGAAAUAUCAGCGCCAUAUAUUCAGUCACUUCACAUUCUGGGCACUACCUAUGGCAGAGGUUUUCAGCUGAUAAAUGUCUCCUCUCUUGUUACUGCAAAAAUUAAUUACUAAUCGUACGCUCUGUAUCAUUGUGCAAAACAACUUCUUGAAAGCCUCCACCAUGUCAAGGAAAUCAACCUGGGGCCUUAUUGCAUUCAGAUGCUUUCCAUGUGGGAGAUGAUUGGCUUGCAAACUCCACCUAUGCGUUGGAAAAGUUUACUGCUAACUGCACAUUUGGAUGAAGUUGAUACACCUGGGAUAUUUAGACUUCUGCUCAAUUCACUGAGCAUUGAGACACUAAUUCUAAACAGAACCUGUGACGGUUGCUCAGAUCUUUUACUUAAUUCAGGUGUUUCCGCAGGAGGGAUACUCUGCGAUUCCGCAAAGUUUCUGGUAUCAUGUUGCCCCGUCUAAAGACAGUGAAAUUUACCGGCUACCGAGGAGUCAGAGGUCUUGGGCUGCCCACUCUUGAACUGAUACUAUACUUGCUUGAAAAUGCAAGUACCCUAGAAAAAUUAAUUAUAGUUGUCAGUCCAGGAACAGAUUACAGGCAAGACGAAGAGAUUCUGCAAAAAUUACCAAGAUCUUCUCCCCAUGCAGAAAUUAUAUUCCAUCGUCAAAUAGUGUAUUGACAUUGCAGCAGAAUCAUGUAAUUCUACUGCUGGUUGUGAUUUCGAACUUCUGAUGGUGGUUUUAUUUAACUAUUUUAGAAGCCUUUUGAUGAACUAAUAAUUUUUUUUUUUUUUUUUUUGGACGUGUUAACUUAAAUGAGAAAACUGAUUUAUGUCAUUUUAUUCAUUACAAAAAUUCCCUUGUCCCUCUCAAUCAUGUCCCUGUUCGAGGAUGGUUUUUGCAGUCAAGCUCCCUUCUGGCAUUUCAAUUGAGGGCCAAUCUCAGUCCGGCCGAGGAAUUUUUGGCACGCCUCCAUUACCUUUUGGGAGCCUACAAUCUCUCAUGAACCUGCAGGUGGUGCUGACUUGAUCCGAGAUCUCGUUUGGAUUGUACCUUGGCUUCACUAUUUCUUACUGGAUCUCACUGGACCUAACAGGAUUCUAGCAAUUUGAUUUGCAUGGUCCUGUUCGACUUUGUCGGUUAAGUAUUAUAUGUUAUUUUUUUGGAUUUGUAUAUUAAAGUUUAAUAAAUAUUAAAUGGUUUUUGUACAUACUUUUGGUUUCCAUGGACAGUGAUUGAUUAUGAGUUAAGGCGGGAUUUAAUCUGAUUUAAUCGAUUAUUUUUCCUCUUUCGCAUAGGCUGCUUUUUUCAGAUUUUGUGGCUAAUUUUUUGCAGGAUUUCAGAGUCCAAUUUGUAUUGGCUUGUUCGACUUCAUUGGUUAAAUAUUCUUUGUUAUUUUUAUGUUGGAUUUGUACAUUAAACUUCAAUAUAUAUUAAAUGCUUGCUGUAUAGACUUCUGGUUUCUAUGGUCAGUUUAUCUUUUGUGGUUUCUAUUUGUUGAGUGGGUCAUUUUUUCCUCUUUCGAUUUACAUUGGCUGGCUUUUGUUUGAUUUCGUGGCUUCUUUUGUACAUAUAUAGUAAAUGCUUGUUCUACACACUUUUGAUUUCAGUGGGAAGUAAUUGAUUAUGAGUUUAUCUUCUGUACUUUCGAUUUACUGAGGUGGGAUUUUAUCUGAUUUUAAGGGUUUUUUCUUCAUCUUUCAAUUUACGAAGAUUGGCUUCUAUUUGACUUCGUGGCUUCAUUUGUACAUUUAUCCGUUUUUCAUGUUAAAAUUCCUUCUGAAAGAAAUUUUCAAAAUUUGUUCAUGUGAUUUGUCUUUCAAAUUGGGGUAAACAGGUGGUUGUUUUUUUUUCCCCCCCGAUAUUUGUAUUCCUAUUAAUAAAUUAUGCUUACACUUCUUUGGUAACAAAUUGAUUCAUGUUUCUUAAAACAUUUGAUUUCAUUUUCUGUAAAUGUGUGUAGUUAUAAGAUUGCUGCUUUCUUUUAAAGUUUUUUCGUGCCGAUGAAAUUAAGCUCUUUCAUUUCUUUUUUUUUUUUGCUAGUAAAUUAAUGUUCUUUAAUGAGAAGAGUGCGGAAGAAAAUGGACACCUUGUAAUUAGCGAGAGUCAAUGUAAUGCGUGAACUUGAUUUUACUUUAUGUUAUCCUAUGCGUUUCAUUAAUUUUUAAUGCAUAAUUUGUAUUGGUAAGAAUUUUGAUUGGAUUAAUUGUUACAAUAUAACAAUUUAAUAAUGAUGAAGUUUACUUUUUAUCAACAACUUGCUAUUUAAUUCACACAAUAAACAAUAGAGAGUUCUUAUAAUGAACAAGCAAUAUUGAUUUCUUGUAUUUGGAUGUGAUGCCCUUUGACCACAACACUAAUACAAUUUGUUCAAAGGAAUUAUUGUUGCCAAAAUUUGAGCUAUAGGCAGUUAUCCAAAAUUUGUGAAAUUUCCCUAUUGCAACGAGCUGUUAUGACAAGGAGAAGCCAGAUGUUGAAGCAGUUUCAUCAUUGCUGGGUUUUCAAAGUUAUUGGGAUAUCGCAUAUGCUGAUGAGUUGGUGAAUUUUAUGGAGCAUGGUUAUGCAGAUGAAGUUUGCUGUAGACAUUUCAUGGGGAGUAGUUAGCAUGGAAUGUUUGGCAACUUCAACUGAAUAUGUUUCUUAUAUCUAUUAGGCCUAGCCUAAAAUAGUACGUCUAUGAAUUUGUAUAAAAGAGAGUAAGUGUGUAUGUUUUUGUCUAUGAAUUUGUAUAAAAGAGAAUAAGUGUAUGUAUGUUUUUUUACUUCACCUUGUCCUUGUGCUGAUCAAAUUCAAAACUUUUUAACCAUCUGUAAGAGGCUAUAAAACGGUUAAAUAUUCAGUUUUUAUUCCUCUCCGAAAACGAUUUUUUUCUAGGAGUAGUACUCCAUAAUCUUCAAUAGUAGUGCUUGAGCAA